AACUUACUCUGCAUGUAUUAUAUCCCCCAGCAUGUUGACUGCUACACACUACCUCAGGUAAUUACACAUUCUGGUCAUAAUAACCUUAAAAUUUUACUCUGCCUGUAAAAGUCCCUCCCAGAAUAUUGACUGCUUCUAUACAUGAUAAUAUGUAUUUCUAUUUAAAUAAGUUCGAGACUGCAAGUGUGGGCAGGUACUUUUAAACUUUCCCUCUAAAUUAUACCACCUAUGUAAGUCUAGUGGUUAUUGCAUAGUCAUGGUUUAUUUUCAAAGUUGCAUUCUGGAUUAGAUGUGGAUUGAAUUAACAGUGAUUUCACAUUUCUGCUUUUUAAAGUACAAGUGAUUUCUCUUUCUGCCACAGUGGCAAAAGAUUUACUUGCCCAGAUGAAGCACAAAGAUGCCCUAUACACACAUGCACAGAUAGUCUACACGAAGAUGUCAGAUAGUGAAUUUGGAUGUAAAAAGUUACCCAGAUUCUUAUGCAGUGAAGUUUCAAUCACUUACAACCUCUUCACACUACUCUUCAUUUGAUGUAUGUCCAAGAGUGGUUCACACAUUUAAUAUUAUAUUUAAGGAAAAUAAUACUGCAAAAUGAGCAAAAAAUGUGAAACAUUUGUUUAAAUAUCUGUUGUAUUCUGGCUACCAAUUAGGGUUUCACAUUAUAAGAAUGAGCUUGACAAAGUGACCUCUGCAACUCACAAUUUAGUCAUCAGAAUAAUGUAUAAAGAACUUCUAUUACCUUACUGUAAGUAUAUAGUAGUACUGUGGGGGCACAGAAGAGAGGGGUGUUUAAUCUUGGGGGGAAAUUAUACAGGAAACAUUGCUUAAAAUGUGACAGAUAAGUAGGGAGUUUGAUAAGGACACUGGGAAGUCAUACCUUGUUUUACAAAUGGACAAUUUGUUCCUACAGCUGAAACAAAUUGAAUGGAAGGUUAGCACCACGACUGCCAUGAAAUGAAAGACUGUAUGAUUUUAGAAAGUGCUUGAUACUGUUGAGAAUGGAAAGAGAUUGUCCUUAAACUGAAUAAAAAUGACUUUCAGAUUAUUUUUGCAGUUACACCUUUCUGUUACUACAGAUAACUAAGUGCCAGAAAUAAAGAAUAGUGGGAGAUUCCUAAGUGAAAUAAACAGGCUUACAUCCAGUCUCAUUUUUGACCAACAUUUAAGAACUAAUGAACCUUUUAACUGUUAAAUAAUCAAAACUGAUCGCUUUAGGAUGAUUACAACUUAAGAUGAGUAAGAGCUUCAAGUUUCUACUAAAUCUACUUGAAUUCACUAAAGCAGUGACAUAAUUUACCGUGUCACAAAUCAUUAUUUUACAGAAGUUCUGUCUUUGAUGCAGUUGAUAAUCUCAAGGAACCUUAAGUAUGGAAUCUAAACCUUCAAGGAUUCCAAGAAGAAUUUCUGUUCAAUCCUCCAGCUCUUUAAGUGCUCGGAUGAUGUCUGGAAGCAGAGGAAGUAGUUUAAAUGAUGCCUAUCACUCAAGAGACUCUUCAUUUAGAUUGGAUCCUGAAUAUCAGUCUACAUCAGCAUCAGCAUCUGCAUCACCAUUUCAGUCUACAUGGUUUAGUGAAUCUGAGAUAACUCAGGGAGCUCGCUCAAGAUUGCAAAACCAGCAACGGGAUCAUGAUUCAAAAAGACCUAAGCUUUCUUGUACAAACUGUACAUCUACCUCAGCUGGGAGAAGUGUUGGGCAUGGUUUGAAUGCAGUAUCAGAUUCUUCUUGGAGGCAUAAUCAAGUUCCCAGAUCUUCAUCAAUGGUACUUGGAUCAUUUGGAACUGACUUAAUGAGAGAGAGGAGAGAUUUAGAUAGGAGAGCAGAUUCCUCCAUUAGUAGUCUUAUGGAUUAUAGUCAUCGAAGUGGUGAUUUCACAACUUCAUCAUAUGUGCAAGACAGAGUUCCUUCUUCAUAUUCACAGGGAGCAAGACCAAAAGAGAACUCAUUGAGCACUUUACAAUUGAAUACAUCAUCAACAAACCACCAAAUGCCUUCGGAACAUCAGACCAUACCAUGUUCUAGGGACUCUAGUAGAAAUCCUUUAAGAUCAAAUUUUUCUCCAAGAGAAUUGGAAACGCCCUCAAACACUACACACGCUGGAUUUUCUUAUAUUUCAAAUAGAGAUGAAACCUCAGCCAUGAGCAGUUCAGAUAGAGUUGGUUCAUCUCAAAGAUCAUUUCAAGAAUCUUCUGAUAAUGAAGGUAGACGUACAACUAGGAGAUUGCUGUCACGUAUAGCUUCUAGUAUGUCAUCUACUUUUUUUUCACGAAGAUCUAGUCAAGAUUCUUUAAACACAAGAUCACUGAGUUCUGAAAAUUCUUAUAUUUCUCCAAGAAUCUUGACGUCACAGUCUCGUAGUAAUGCAGCAUCAACUUCUGAUGUUCCUGAUAAUAGGGCAUCUGAAGCUUCUCAGGGAUUUCGAUUUCUUAGGCGAAGAUGGGGUUUGUCAUCUCUUAGCCAAAAUCAUAACUCUGAGCCCGAUUCAGAGAAUUUUAACCAAGAAUCUGAAAGUAGAAAUACAGGACCAUGGUUAUCUUCCUCACUUAGAAAUAGAUGCACACCUUUGUUUUCUAGAAGGCGGCGGGAGGGACGAGAUGAAUCUUCAAGGAUACCUACCUCUGAUAUACCAUCUAGAUCUCAUCAUAUUUUUAGAAGAGAAUCAAAUGAAGUGGUUCACCUUGAAGCACAGAAUGAUCCCGUUGGGGCUGCUGCCAAUGGACCACAAACUUUUGCAGCAUCAAGCAGUGCUGCUACUGGUGGCUCCACUUCAGAUUCAGCUCACAGUGGAAGAAAUACAGGAAUAACAGGGAUCCUUCCUGGUUCCUUAUUCCGAUUUGCUGUUCCCCCAGCACUUGGGAAUAAUUUGACUGACAAUGUCAUGAUCACUGUAGAUAUUAUUCCUUCAGGUUGGAGUUCAUCUGAUGGAAAAAGUGAUAAGACUAGAACUACACCUUCCAGAGACCCAGAAAGACUACAGAAAAUAAAAGAGAGCCUCCUUUUAGAGGACUCUGAAGAAGAAGAAGGUGACUUAUGUAGAAUUUGUCAGAUGGCAGCUGCCUCAUCAUCUAACUUGCUGAUAGAGCCAUGCAAGUGCACAGGAAGUUUACAGUAUGUCCACCAAGAGUGUAUGAAAAAGUGGUUACAGGCCAAAAUUAACUCUGGUUCUUCAUUAGAAGCUGUAACUACCUGUGAACUCUGUAAAGAGAAGUUGCAACUUAACCUGGAGGAUUUUGAUAUUCAUGAACUACAUAGAGCUCAUGCAAAUGAACAAGCUGAGUAUGAGUUUAUCAGCUCUGGUCUCUACCUAGUCGUGUUAUUGCACUUGUGCGAACAGAGCUUUUCAGAUAUGAUGGGAAAUACAAAUGAACCAAGCACACGUGUUCGAUUUAUUAACCUUGCAAGAACUCUUCAGGCACAUAUGGAAGAUCUCGAAAGCAUCUAUCUGCACAGCCUGCCCUCUUCUCAAAGUCCUACAACCUCCAGGGUGCUUCAUACCAGCAGUAAUAAGCCAGAUUCUGCUCAGCUUCAGAGGAUGAUUCCGAAGAAGAUGGAGACCAUAACAGAACAUUUGAUAUUGCCUAACUUCAUAUAAGACAAGGAUUGUCUGUGAACAAGUGUGUUUAUUAAAACUGGCAAUUAAGUGUGAAUUACUUUUUUUAGGAAUGCCUGUUGAAUACAUUGGCUAUAUAUAUAUAUCAUGAAUAUAUAUAUACACAUAUAUGCAUGUAUAUAUAUAUUCACUCACAAGUGUUGCUGAAUUAAAAUUCUAUUACUGGACCGGUUAACAUGGCCAGUGAAUCUGAUGUUUAUAAACUGGUAAUCAAAAGUAUUUUUCUUUUAGGUGAGUGGGGAAAUGUUAACCUUGUUUUAAAUAUCUAACAAUGCUGACGACCCUUUUUUGUGUUCUGAUUACUGUAGUCAUAUUUAUGAAAAAAGGUUCGUGUUUUAGUCUCUUGCUAGUGAAAAAAGUGGGACAAAGUAUACUUUUGAAAUAAAAUGCCUAAUGGCACGUAAUUAUUUUUCCUUUUAAAAUGCCUUAAGUUACAGCCUCGUUUUCAUAAUCAUUUACUUCCAGUGUUUUACAAAAACAAAAUGGGGAGGGGGUAUAAUGAGCAUUAUAUUAGGUUUCCAAAUUUGAUUCUAAAUUCACUUAGCAAUAAAAUUUAAUUUUUAAAAAGCAUUUAAAUAUAAAAUGUAUAAAUGAUGGAUACCUUUUUGUAUUGAUUCGCAAAUGAAGAUUAUAUUUGAUAGGCCAUAGUAUGUAGAUAUUCCUUUUAGGAAUAUUACAGCUGUAAAUUAAAUCAGAAUUGCCAGUCAAAUACAAUUUGGUUACAAGAAAUCUCAAGUUAAUGGAAUAUUUUUAAAUCCCACAUUCAGAGUUUAAAAACACUGGUUUUCAAUGUGUUGUUUUUUUUUUUUGUUUGUUUUUUAAGUGUUGUCACUUCUUUAUAGAUAAAUAUGAUAUAAACUAUUUAGAUCCUGGACCUUUAUAACUGUUCCUUGGUAAUUCUGAGCAUUUAUUUAAUGAUUUAAUAUUUUUCAUUACCUUUGGAGAACAUAUGAACAUUAUUCACCAUGAAUAAAUCUAUACUGUGGCCAUGAGUUAUGUAUACUUCCAUAACUGUAUAUUUCCUCUGUCAACACCCAUAGGAUAUAUUCAAAAACACCUUCGGGUGGUUUCUGAUUAAAUAAAGUCUUAGGUCAUGGCAGCGAAGUAUUUUUUCAGAACCUAAGUCAAAACCAUGUAAUUUUUCAAAUGUUAAAUAAACAGUUUGCCCACACUUAGUUGUUUGUUCUUAUGUAAAACUUUGGCUUGAAAUAAAGUGCAUAGUGAUU